CUGGCUCUCAAUGAAAGGAUUAAGGGAAAUUCAUGCAAGGGCUUGGACGCUUACUGGUGCACAAUUGGAACUUGAUACUGCUGCAUAAUGGGUUACAAAACAAGAUCCAUGCAUUGUGUCUUACGAUGUCUGUGCUUCAUGCUCCUCCAUUUGUUUAGUACAGCACAAGAUGAAAACAUAAGAAGUUGUAGGACUGCACCAUGUGAUUUAGUCUUUAUUCUAGAUGGUUCAUGGAGUGUCGAGGAUGUCAAUUUUGAAAUUGUUAAGCGAUGGCUUGUCAACAUAACCACAAGCUUCAAUAUCGGACAGAAGUUUACCCAAGUUGGAGUUGUUCAGUACAGCGAUGAUCCCGUCUUACAAAUACCUCUGGGGAAGUUCAACUCCAACAAGGACCUGAUCAAAGCAAUGGAGUCCAUUGAGUACAUGGGGGGAAACACAAGGACUGGGACAGCCAUUAAGUUUGCUACAGACAAACUGUUUGGUCUCUCUGAGCGUGGUCCAAAGGGCAUUGCCAGAAUUGCUGUUGUCCUUACAGAUGGGAAAUCUCAAGAUGAGGUUUUGAAAGCUGCAGAGGCAGCAAGGAAAAAAGGAGUAAUUCUGUUUGCAAUUGGUGUUGGGUCAGAGACAGAAGCGGCCGAGCUGAAUGACAUUGCAAACAAGCCAUCUUCAACUUAUGUGUUCUCAGUCGAGGACUACAAAGCUAUUUCCAAGAUCCGUGAGGUCAUACGACAGAAACUGUGUGAAGAGACUGUUUGUCCAACAAGAAUCCCUGUGGAUUCCCGUGAUGAGAAGGGCUUUGAUAUUCUGCUGCAUUUGAAUUUGGCCAAAAAGGCAAAGAAGACACAUGGGUCAUUUUACGGCACUAAAGCCUACGAAGUGACUUCUCGUGUUGACCUAAGUGAAACUACAAGGUCCUUAUUCCCUGAUGGCUUGCCUCCAUCUUACGUUUUUGUGGCCACUCUGAAGUACAAGGGAUCUGUGGCCGAUGAAGAGUGGGACCUGUGGAGAAUACAGACGCCUGAUGAGAAACCUCAAAUGGCAGUGACUCUAAACGGACUUGACCACACUGUCAUGUUCACCACAACCAGUGAAACACCCAGUGGAACUCAAACGGUUGUUUUCUCCCAGCAGACAGCGAGGCUGUUUGAUGAGAAAUGGCACCAGCUUCGACUGCUGGUCACUGAAGAGGAUGUUACUCUCUAUGUCGAUGACCUGGAAAUUGAAACUUUACCCUUGGAGCCCCCUGUUGGUAUUUUCAUCAAUGGAAAAACCCAAGUUGGGAAAUACGUCACAAAAGAAACAACAGUGCCAUUUGAGAUUCAGAAACUUCGCAUCUACUGUGACCCUGAGCAGAACAACCGAGAGACUGCAUGUGAAAUACCGGGAGUUGAGGGAGAGUGCUCCAACAGCCCGGAUUACACUGAACCAACUCAAGAACCAUGUGCUUGUCCUCCUGGACCCCCUGGACUUCCAGGCAUGAGGGGUGAAGAAGGAAAUCCUGGCAAACCUGGUCAGCCUGGACCUGCUGGUGCUGAUGGUAAGCCUGGUCUUCCUGGCUUUAGAGGAAAUCCAGGGCUGCCGGGUCCAUCAGGGAUACAGGGGCCACGUGGGGAGAAUGGGUACAAGGGGGAGCCAGGGAGGCCUGGUGAUUCGGGUGAAAGGGGUUUACCUGGAUUACCGGGGCCACCUGGCCAAGCAGGUGAAAAGGGCUCAGUCGGAUCCCAGGGAACGCCAGGGUUACCGGGAAAAGAUGGCCCAGCGGGAGAAAAGGGAAAUAUUGGACCCCCAGGGCCACCGGGAUAUCCAGGGGAGCCAGGCUUGCCUGGAAGAGAUGGAAAAGAUGGAUUUCCAGGGGGACCUGGUCAAAAGGGAGAAGCCGGAACGAAUGGUAUCCCUGGUCUUGAUGGUAGGGAGGGCCAUCCUGGUAUGCCUGGCUUGCCUGGAAUUAUGGGCCUGAAUGGACAAAAGGGGGAAGCUGGGUUGCCUGGACCGAAGGGCUUCAAAGGAUCAACUGGACCACCUGGUGAGAUGGGUUUACCUGGUGCACCUGGUUCAACAGGCCCGCCUGGACUCAAGGGGAGCAAAGGUGAAAGUGGAGACCCAGGUGGACCAGGGAAACCGGGACCAGAGGGAAAUGCAGGGGUACCGGGCAGAGCGGGACAGCCGGGGCACCCAGGCAUGCCGGGCCUGAACGGCCUCAAGGGACAAAAAGGAAGUUCAGGUGAAAGGGGACAGGAGGGGAUCAAAGGUGAAAAGGGAGAGCAUGGUCGGCCCGGGAAUAAUGGCUCUACGGGUCCAGCAGGACAAAAAGGAGAGAAAGGGACAGCAGGGGAGCCGGGGCAGAAAGGCCAAGGAGGUCAAGAGGGACGGCCUGGACAGCCAGGACAUAUGGGCCCUCCCGGCCCUCGUGGACAGCGAGGGGACAGUGGCCCUCCUGGCCCACCUGGACCUGAGGGAAGAUCUGGAAGUGACAUAUCAGAGCAGCAAAUUCGGCAGAUUUGCAGAGAGGUCCUUCAGUCUGAGAUGCCUUUUCUGUUGCUGAGCAACCAGCAGAGUAGCUGUGCCACAUGUUAUACCAGGUCAGGCUCUCCUGGUCCACCGGGCCCAGCUGGGUCCCAGGGCCUCAGGGGUCUUCCUGGGAUUCCCGGCACCAGUGGACAGCCAGGCCGCCCGGGUCUACCAGGGCGACCUGGUAUUGAAGGAAUGAAAGGAGACCCAGGUAUCAAGGGUGAGAAGGGGAGCCUUGGUCGAACAGAGGUUGGAGACCCUGGGCCACCUGGACCUCCGGGUCCAAUGGGUCCCCAUGGGUACAGUAAACCAGGUCCUCCAGGUAAGCCUGGAACCCCUGGUCAAAAUGGAGCGGAGGGUAAAAGAGGUAGUCCUGGCAUCCCUGGCCAGCCUGGGGUGUGUCAUCCAUCCAUGUGCUAUGGUAGCAUGAUGAGGCGGGAUCCUUUCAGCAAAGGGCCAAACUAUUGAAGUAGUGCAACAUCAGAUACAGGCAAUGAACCAGUCAUAAGUUGAUGUGGAGCAAACACCAA